GAGUAGAAUAGGUCGUUGCACUGUACGGCAAUAGGGGGAACGGAUUUUCUUAUCUCCGAGUUUGCAAGCAAAGAUGUUGCCUUCUCUUCAGGAAUCCGUAGACGGAGAUGAAAGAGAGCUGGAGAGCAGCGAGGAAGGAGGCGGCUUGCCCGAGGAACGGAAACCGGAGCGUAGCAGCAACAGCUACCACUGCUUGUACGACUUCCGAGGCUGCCGGUUACACCAUGGAACAGGUAGUGAUGAUGGGAGUCCAAGCAAAUCGCCAGCUGAAACGCCUUCUUCAGAUGACUUCAGCCUUUCAUUGGUGGACACUAAUUUACCAACUGAAGCCGAGGUGGAACUGCGCAGUUUGGUUGCCAAGUAUCUUAAUAAGGGAGCUUUUUUUGAGGGGAUGGGCAAUGUUGUAUCUGUCGAGUUGAGUAUUCCAGAAAGUCGUGUUGGUUGUUAUUACUGCCUGUUCCAGCCAGAAAAGUGUGCAGAAGGAGCCGAUCCCGAAUCAAGCCAGAGUCCCUUGGAAUACGUGAUCUGUUUUUUGGGAGGCUCAGAGAAAGGGCUUGAACUAUUCAGACUUGAGCUUGAUGGCUAUAUUCAAGAUCUGAAGACUUACUUAGAUUCAAAGCAAAGCAACCUGGAGACCUGCAUUAAGCCGCUCCUGAGAACUUGGUUUGAGGAUUUGGUGUGCCCUAUUCAGAGGGUGGUGAAGCUUUUCCAGGAGAAACUUGCCUUUGUACUACAUGCUGCUCUGAGUUGCACUCCUGUUGAAGUAAAUGGAUCUGAAGAAAGGACAGAGAAGGAUAUUAACAGGUUCCUUCGAGCAGCAAGUCUUCAAGAUCUUGUCCGGGAAGCUACAAUGGCUUCCUUAUGUACAGCAGCAGCAGCAGAGGAGGAGCAGUGCAAAUCAGUGACAAUUGACCUGAAUGGGCCACAGCCUUGCUUCCACAGUGCAGGAACAAAUAAGUUCUGCGAAGAUUGGACCCAAGCAUUUCUGAAUGUUUCCGAAGGGGAGAAUCCCUUCCUUUUUCGGCAAAUACUGGAAAACUUUAAAUUGAAGGCCAUACAGGACAUCAACAACCUGAAGCGGUUCAUCCGGCAGGCAGAAAUGAGCCAUUAUGCUUUGUUCAAGUGCUACCUGUUUCUGAAGAACUGUGGCAGUGGAGAUGUGCUCUUGAAGAUUGUGAAAGUAGAAUAUGCAGAAAUGCAAGAAGCCAGAAACGUCAUCAGUGUCUUGGAAGAAUUCAUGAGACCAGCUUGUAGUUUAAAUCCUUCUUCUCAACAGAGGGUGACUUGUAUGAUACCAAACCAGUGUGCAUCCAUGUAGAAUCACAGUGGUUGAGAAGGCAGCCUGUGGGGCUAUUUUGUUUUAAAUCAUGUGUACUUACCGUGGAGAGCUGCACUCAGUCCCAGCUCCUCACAGUACACAAACAUGUCAAAAAAGGGGGGGGGGAAAUCCUCUCACAGCAUAUACUGUGGGGUUGAGUUAAAUAGGCAAUUGUUGGUGUGGGAACAAGCUGAGUAUUCAGGUGCUCACUCUCUUUCCUGCUUUUUCUUGUCUGUCUGGCUUGUAAAACCACUGCUUGUUUCCCUGUAGUAUCCAGAUUGUGGUUUUAAGCUUUCCUUAAGCCAGCUCAGGUAGACAAAGAACAAUGGAUUUGAUCUAGAUUUCAGCAUAGUGUAGAUCCAGGCUACACUUCCUGGAGACAAAAUAAGCAUCAGUGGUUUUGUCAGCACUAAUCACUUGGGGGGGAGGGGAUGUCAGAGUAGAUGCCCAAAAUGGCUUAUUAGCAGAUACAUGUACAGAUCUUGUCUAAUCUAGAGCAACAUAGCUGCAAAUCUGGAUCAGGCGUAUGGAUUUUCUCCCAUUCUCUCUUGCUGUCAUAUAAACGCAGAUCUCACCCCAUUUAUGCAUGUAUCCCCACUCCGUCUAUCGCGGUGGCUGAACCUGAGCCCCAAAUAAAUUAACACACUGGUCAAAUUAAUUAUUAAUUAUUUAUAUUUGUACUUGUAAAACUUGACCCCAUUUUUACAAGUUGUGGAUAUGGGGCUUUGGGUGAGGUAUAUUUAUAUCGACCACUCAUUGGGGGAAAAAAGAAGCUGAACAGUACAUCUGAAAUAAAAUCUGUGCACAAAAUUGUUGGUGCAAAACUAUACUUACAUACACAAUAGAAAAAUAUUUUGGCAUUUCUUACAUCAUGCUGCUUUGCAAGUACACUCUUUGCUUGAAUAGCCCUCGAUGGGAAAAGCAUGUUCUAUUCAGCAUAUUUUUAAGGCAGAAUCACUUCGUUUGGUGCUAUAAUAAUAAGCCAUGGAGGAAGAUACUAACUGUGUAAGAAAAUAAAGAAAGUUCAUACUUCUUGCAUUUGUUAAUUCAGUGUAUAUUGUGGGGCAGUGAAAUCAACACAGUGACUAAUAAUGAGUAUUAAAUUUGGUGAAAAUUAAUAUAUUUUUGCUGCAUAAAUUCAAUCUGUAAAAUUCUGUGAGCUCUGUGAUACUGAUUUGCAUUCUAUCUGGAGAUCUUGGAGAGCCUCAGAAAGCUUUCUAUAAUGCAGGACUAUUGAUUAAUUAGGAUAUUAAAUGCAUUCACCUUCAAGCAA